AUGACAGUCCCAGGGAGAAUCAUCCGCCCUAUCGACCAGAAGACCGAGUAUCAGUGGUACAUCGACCAAAUGAAUGUGAACUACAACUCGGUGGCGACUCUGACUGAAGAAGAGCGAUCAUCCCUGACCAAACACCUUCCGAAGAUCUUCGGUCCGUUCCUGAGUGGUGAAAGCGUCGAUCCCGAAACUGGUCGAGCUGACCUCUCGUGCGUCGUGCUGGUCGCUGUCACAGCGAACGGCGAGUUGUGCGGUACGAUCACGAGUAUCCUUCGGGAGACUGACAGCCAUCCUGAACGAAGAUUCAUCGUUCGACGCUCGGCCUUCUCGGAGGCGCGGACGGGUCCGAACGGAGAGACACCCCACGAGGCGAUCUUGGACGUGAACUGCUUGGUGGAGCGGAUGAUACCUUUGGAAGAGUCUAGAAUGGGGGGCAAGAGGGUCCCGACAAUCUCCUUUGUCUGCCAAGCACCUCAUGCGCGGAUCGCUCCCUUGUUCGGUUUGACCCCUUGGACAAGGGAGGACACCGGGGUCAAGCUUGUCUCGGCCCCUGGAUCCCCUGGGCACACUGAGUCUCCUGACCUCCUUGUCAGGCUCUGCGUGCUCUAUAUCAGGCGAGACACGGCCCCGUCCACCUGUCUGCCCGUUCAACAAUAUCCAGAAGCCACGGAUCCGUCACUAAAAACCAGCUGUUCUAAAUACCGAUCACUUCCGAGAUGCUCACAUCGACUGCCCUCCUUUUGUCUCUGUCGUCCCUCCUGGUCGUCUCUGCCUUUGCGCGCGGCCCUGGUAUCGUCAUCCGGGCCUUGCCUGACCAGAAGAUCCACCACCUCGAGAUCUACGGUACGCCCAAUGGACCUGAUCACUAUGUCCAAGAACUCGUGUUCAUAUCGGAGGACGAUAACCCGAACGGUUUUCCUACUCAUCGACGCUAAACUCUCCGACGCCAUCUUACAACAUCCGUCCCCUGACUCCCCUGCGGCCUGGAAAGCGGGUAAGGGGGCAUUCACGUAUGUGCUCGCGGGAAAGGAUCCGGUCUUUUGUCACCUCGAAGGCAAUCUCGACGGCGGCCAGCUAGUGCAGGACGCCGAGAAGGAUGUGGUGUGGGAGUUUGCGGACCCUGCGUACGCGCAUCAGAAACCCUGUGAUAUGGUGCAGCGCGGUAUCGCGCUCAAGUGCGGCACUGAGGCGGAUCCGCAGACCAUGCAAUGCCGCACCGAAUGA